AUGGUUUGGUGCUCGAGCUGUAGAAUUAUGUUCAUGGGUCUGAUUCUUAUGCUGAUUUCGAGCUGGGUAUUGGAUAGAUGCGAAGGAAGUGGCGAAUUCGGUUUCGAAUUUCACCACCGUUUCUCGGAUCAGGUCGUCGGGGUUUUGCCCGGAGAUGGGUUGCCUAAUCGAGGCUCCUCCAAGUAUUACAGAGUGAUGGCUCAUCGCGAUCGAUUAAUCAGAGGCCGUAGACUCGCAUCCGCCGAAGAUCAAUCCCUCGUCACUUUCGCUGACGGAAAUGAGACUACUCGAGUCGACGCCCUUGGAUUUUUGCAUUACGCGAAUGUGACGAUAGGGACGCCGUCUGAUUGGUUUCUGGUAGCUCUAGACACUGGAAGUGACUUGUUUUGGUUGCCCUGUGACUGUACCAACUGUGUUCGUGAAUUGAAAGCACCUGGUGGCUCGAGCUUGGACCUGAAUAUUUAUAGCCCUAAUGCAUCUACGACCAGCAACAAAGUUCCUUGUAAUAGCUCGUUAUGUACAAGAGGUGAUCGAUGCGCUUCUCCUUCUAGCAACUGCCCAUACCAGAUCAGAUAUCUUUCAAAUGGUACUUCAUCAACUGGAGUCCUCGUCGAGGAUGUGCUUCACUUAGUUUCAAACGAGAGAAACUCCAAAUCUAUCCGCGCUCGGGUCACUUUAGGUUGUGGUCAAGUGCAGACCGGUGUGUUCCACGAUGGUGCAGCUCCAAAUGGACUUUUCGGGCUUGGCCUAGAAGACAUAUCGGUUCCAAGCGUGUUAGCUAAAGAAGGAAUCGCAGCAAACUCGUUCUCAAUGUGUUUUGGAGACGAUGGAGCUGGUAGGAUCAGUUUUGGAGAUAAAGGUAGCGUAGACCAACGUGAAACGCCAUUGAACAUAAGACAACCACAUCCUACUUACAACAUCACCGUCACUCAAAUAACCGUUGGAGGAAACACUGGUGAUCUUGAAUUUGAUGCUGUUUUCGACUCUGGAACUUCCUUCACUUACCUGACUGAUGCAGCCUACACUCUGAUUUCAGAAAGUUUUAAUUCUCUAGCUCUGGACAAACGUUAUCAAACUGAUUCCGAGUUGCCUUUCGAGUACUGUUAUGCAUUAAGUCCAGGCAAAGACAGCUUUCAGUAUCCAGCUGUGAAUCUGACAAUGAAAGGAGGGAGCUCGUAUCCUGUUUAUCACCCGUUAGUUGUAAUCCCCAUGAAGGACACAGAUGUCUACUGUUUAGCCAUCAUGAAGAUCGAAGAGAUUAGCAUCAUCGGACAGAACUUCAUGACUGGCUAUCGUGUAGUCUUUGAUCGUGAGAAACUGGUUCUUGGCUGGAAAGAAUCUGAUUGUUACACCGGUGAAACCUCGGCUCGGAGGCUACCAUCGAACCGUUCCUCUUCCUCGGCUAGACCACCAGCUUCAUCGUUUGAGCCAGAAGCCACGAACAUACCUUCUCAAAGACCAACGACGUCGUCGGCGUCUUCUUCUUCUUAUUCACUCUCUAUCAUCUCACUUUCAUUCUUCUACUUCUUCUCAAUUUUGGCCUUCCUUUGA